AUGGAGGAUGGUUACCCUGACAAAAGCUAUAAAAAUAAUAAUAAACAAGACAAUCGAUCUGACAUCAAAUAUGGGUCAGGAUCUCAAGACAACCUUUUACAUUCGCAAUAUAUUAGUCCGAAGCAAGAUAAAUUGAUUGAUGACACCCAUCGUGAGAUUAAAUAUGGGUUGAAUCCUCAAGAUAACCUUCAAAGCAAUGCAAACAAGCAAGACACUCGUCGGGACACCGGAUUGGGGUUUGGAUCUCAAGACAACCUUUUACAUUCACAAUAUAUUAGUCCGAAACAAGAUAACUUGGUUGAUGACACACAUUGUGACGUUAGAUAUGGGUUGAGUCCUCAAGUUAACCUUCAAGACAAUAAAAAUAAGCAAGAAACUCGUCGGGACACCGGAUUCGGUUUAAGAUCUCAAGACAACCUUUUAACUUCACAAUAUAUUAAACAGAAACAAGACAACUUGAUUGAUGACACACAUCGUGAGAUUAGAUAUAGGUUAGAGCCUCAAGUUAACCUUCAAGGCAAUAAAAAUAAGCAAGAAACUCGUCGGGACACCGGAUUCGGUUUAAGAACUCAAGACAACCUUUUACAUUCACAAUAUAUAAAUCCGAGGCAAGAUAACUCGGUUGACGACACUCAUCGUGACAUUGGAUAUGGGUUAGAAUACUUUUUUACAUUCAAACAUAUUAGUAAGAAGCAAAAUACCCUGGUUAAUGACACUUAUCUUGAUUUUAGAUCUGGGUUAGCGUCUCAAUAUGCAGCAAUUAUUCUGGUUAAUGACACUUACCUUGAUUUUGGAACUGGGUUAGCGUCUCAAAAUAACCUUGAAAAUAAGACAGGCACUCGUUGGGACAUCGGAUUCGGUGCCUCGAGAUAA